CGCAUCGAGAUGGAGCUGAAAGGUCUGUUCAUAUUGUGCUCACUGCAGGUGCUAGCCGUGAGUGCGGAGCCUGGCUACGAGCACAGCAAUCGGAACGCAGAGCUCGAGAGUCCGGACAGCAUUUUGGACGUCGAGGCAGCUGAGUCUGUGGAGCAUGGAGCAACGGGCAAGCAGCUGAGAGUGGCUGGCAAAUCCUCGGCCAGGUAUGCGGACUACGAUUACUAUACAACGGGUCGGCGCACCAUGGACACUGCGCCAGGUGAAAAUGAUCUGAGUGGCGCUGCUGCGAUACGCACACCUGGCCGAGACCAGAACUUGGGCUACAUACGCAAGCCCGCGGAUGAGAGGAUAGCCAAUCCGUUGCCCUGGUACGGACAGUAUACGGGCAAAUCGAUUGCCAUGUAUCCGUCCCGGUCGUACGACCCGUACAUCAGACGCUACGACAGAUUCGAUGAGCAGUACCAUCGCGCCUAUCCGCCGUACUAUGAGGACAUGUACGUGCAUCGGCAGCGCUUCGAUCCCUACGAUAGCUACAGUCCACGAGUGCCCCAAUAUCCGGAACCCUAUCUCAUGUAUCCCGAUCGCCAUCUGGACACCCCGCCGCCGACAGACUACAUCAAGUCGCGCCGUGGCUACAUCGAUGACCCCAUGGCCAUGGGCAUGCCCGUGCUCGACUCCUACAGUAACAAAUAUGUCUCGCCCAAGCUGCCGCAGCAGCUGUCGUCGCCCCGCAGCCGCAACGAGCGAGUCGUCUACUAUGCCCAUCUGCCGGAAAUCGUGCGUACGCCGUAUGACACGCCAGUCACCCGUAAGGAUCGCAAUGCAGCCGCCGCCGCAGCCGCAGCGCUCGUCGCACAGCCCGCGCCCUUUAAGCCCAACAAGAAGAAAUUGAAGUCGCUGCAACGAAGCGACAAUUCGACCAACUAUAAGCAAAUCUUUUAACUUCGCUAUGCUCUUUUCCACGAAUAUUGUUCAACGGCAUUGUUUUUGCUUAGAGAUACCU